AUGCAAGGGUCACGUCUCAGCCCAAAGAAUAAGGAAGAUGAAACGUGUGAGAGAUACAUCUUUAAAGAUCAUAAUCACAAAACAGUUAAUAAACUUUCUAAAUUAUUUAUAAAUAAACAACUAUGUGAUGUCACUUUAAAGAUAGAGGGAAAAGACCUAGAAGCCCAUAAAGCUAUCUUAGCUAUUAAUAGUGAUUAUUUUGAAGCUAUGUUUUCACAUUGGUAUGGUGAGAGUAAUGAACACAGUGUUAAGUUGGAGAAUUUGAAUUAUCAUGCUGUAUGUACUAUUGUUAAAUUUAUGUAUACUGGUACAAUAUCAUUAACAACAGAAAAUGUUAAAGAUGUAUUUAUAGCUAGUGAUUUAUUACAAAUGUUACAUAUUAAAUCAUUAUGUAGCGGUUAUAUGGUAAAUGUAUUAGAUGCUAGUAAUUGUAUGGGAAUGUUAAGUUUAGGAGAAGUAUAUAAUUGUCAAUAUCUUUAUGAUAAAAGCAUGAAACUAUUAGCACUACAGUUUCCUCUAGUCAGCUCUACAUCUGAAUUAUAUCAGAUAUCCUUUCAUAAAUUACUUGAUAUAUUAGCUUCAGAUGAUCUGAAUUUAGGUCAUGAAAGAGAAGCGUUGGUAUUAAAAGUUGUUGUGAAAUGGUUAGAUAGAAAUGGUAGUAUAGACAGAGAUGAUUUAUCAUUGUUACUUACUUAUAUUAGAAUGAAACAUAUUGAUAAGACUAUUCUACAGUCUCUUCUAGAUAGUUCUAUAUACUUCCAUUCACAAGAUAAAAAAGAAAUGGUUAUGAAACAACUAGAAACAUGUAAUGAAUGUGAAAAAAGAAAUCUCAAUCAAUCCAUUUAUGUUUUUGGUGGAUUUCUGCAAUCAAGAACAGGACCACUUUGUCCCCGCCUGAAAACCUGUGAAAAAUACAAUGUAGAAAAAGACUCGUGGAAAAAUAUUGAAGGGUUAUUAAAAACUUCAUCUAAUGCACAGAUUAUCAACAUAAAAGGAAGAAUUUUAUAUUUUGAACCUUCUUCUUCAGAAGGGACACCUCAAAUUUUAGAAUACAAUGUAGUUCAAAACACAUGGAAAACAGCAGUUUUAAAUUUGUCACAUGAUGUUCAGUCUUUAAUUCAUAAUUAUUCUAGAGGUGGAGAACUUAUUCUUUAUGAUGAUCAAAAUGACUGGCUCUACUUGGUUCACAAAAGUGUGCGGAAAUUAAUUCUGGAAUUUGAUGAAGGGGAAAUUUGUUGUAAACAAUAUGAAACUUUAUCUAAUACUGAACAAUUAGAUUAUGAAGAGUAUAGUUGUGUUGUUUGUAAUAAUGAACUAUAUUUAAUGGGCGGUGUAUUCAAAAAAUCUCUUACUGAAUCAGAAGUAAAAGCUGAUGUGGUAUGUUUUAGCAGAAAUGAAUGGAAGAGAAAGGCAGACAUGUUGGAAAGACGAGGAAUGUUUGGAGCUGUUUAUUUAGAUAGAUAUAUAAGUCAGUUUUAUAUUAUAGAUGGAUAUAUAAGUCAGAUUUAUAUUAUAGAUGGAUAUAUCUAUGUUUUGGGUGGUUUUAAUACAAGAAGAGUUAAUACUGUGGAGAGAUACAAUGUUCACCUCAAUCAAUGGAGCUAUAUAGCUAAUCUUAUUAAAGAAAGGAGUCAUCUGAAGGCUGUAGUCUGCUCACAAACAAUAUAUGUCAUGGGAGGGAAAUCUUAUUCAUCAAAUCAUUGUGGGGCAAGAAAGGUAUUAAAUACUUGUGAAGUUUAUGAUCCAGUCAUCAACUCAUGGAGAUAUAUUCAGUCUAUGAAAAAUUCACGUUGUGUGUUUGGUGCAAUAGCUUUUUGA